AUGCCUGUUUCAAGGCGUGACAAGAAAGUCGAACUUACUCAGGUUCUAAAACAUGCUCCUAAGAAAAAAGAGCACAUUGCGAAGGUUCGUCAAUAUCUGGAUGAAUAUGGAAGAGUAUAUGUAGUGACUCUGCAAAAUCCUCGCACCCAAAAAGUUUCCGAAAUACGAAAAAGCAUGGUGAAAAUCAAGCUUCUAUUUGGUGUCAACAAGGUGACGACUUUGGCGUUGGGUAAAACUCAUGAAGAUAGUUAUCGACCAAAAUUGCACCUUUUAUCCAAAUAUCUGAAGGGGCAAUGUGCCCUCUUAUUUUCACGAUCAUCGCCUUCAGAAUUACGCGAGCAGCUUGAUGCGUUCCGGUCGUCAGAAUACAGUAGACCAGGUGUACAUGCUGAGCAGACUGUCUGGAUUGCAUCUGGUCCGUUGCCCAAAUUUCCUCACUCUAUGGAGCCUGUUUUGCGCCAGUUAGGAAUGCCUGUUAAACUAGUCAAAGGUGUUGUUCAUUUGGAGAGAGAGUAUCUUGUGUGCCGCAGAGGGGAUGUACUUUCACCUGAACAGUGUCGUAUUCUAAAGUUAUUUCAAAUUGAAAUCUCCGAAUUUCGCGUUGGCCUGCUUGCAGUUUGGACAGACGGUGAGGGGGUCGAAGAGUUAACAGAAAAAGAUAGUUGUAUGAUGCGCACUUCGCUCCAUCCUGAAGUUCUUGUUGUUUGUAAACAGUUAGAUGAUGGUUUGUAUUACUUUAUUCCGCAACCAUAUGAAAAUAAAGGCGAAUCACUUGUUAACGAAGCCAUGGAAGAGGACUAA